GCCGAACUCAUUAUAUACAGCGUAAUAUCUUCGCCGAGGUUAUAUAAUAGCCACCUCUGACCAUUGCCAGUUUCAUAUCCUCCAGCUUCAACUCCAAAUCCCAAAACCUUCCGAAAAGUGCAAUCUCGUGAAGACAAAUUCUCACGCCAAAGCAAACAAUCAUGGCUCACCCCAAAUCAGGAGUGGAUCUCCCUUCGAGACAGGGCACUCAGGCCAGCACGUUCAGCGACGAUGCCGUGCCAGAGACAGACCCUAGCAGCGCCGCUGGUCGACUUGCAGAAAGACUGCAGGCAUGGAAACAUGCUGUUGGCUACCUAGAGGAGUAUAUGGAGGCGGUGGAGAAGAGCCACAAGGCCCAGGCUAAAGAGUAUGAGAAAGUCUUGAAGACCAUUUCAAAGCCCCUUAAGGAGGGGCAACACUUUGACCAGAGCCUUGGUGGCAUCGCCGGCUUCUUCGAGAACAUGAGGGCCAAUACCGAGUCGCUCGUCAACACCAACAUAGAAACCGAGAAGAGCAUCAAGGGCUCCGUCCUGCCCGUCCUAGAACGUCUGCACAAGGAGAUCAAGAGCAAGGUCAAAGAGUUGGCGCAUGGUGCGCAGAAGGGAGCCAAGGAGGUGGAGAAAGCUCGCAACACGACUCAGAAGCACAUCGAGUUGCUCGGCCAGCACACGGCGUCCUUCGAGUCGACAGGAGGCAAGAUGUCACCACAUGACGACCCCUACGUGAUUCAGCGCGGAGUGAUCCACAGGCUCAAUAAGCAGGUGCUGGAGGAGAACAAUCAGCGAAACGACUUGAUUGCGGUGCAGAACAACUUCCAGGCCUUCGAAACCCAUGUCAUCAGCGUGCUGCAGCAGGCUAUGGAAGCAUUUACCCAGUUUGUCGGAGGCCAGGCCGAGAAGACUCGGGCGCUAUACAGCGACAUGCUCGGCGCCGUUCAGCGGAUCCCGCCAGACUUUGAAUGGAAGGGAUUCGUCACCCGCAACGCUGACACGCUCGUUAACCCCAAUGACCCCCCGCGAUCAGUAGAAAGCGUCCAGUUCCCGAAUAUGAACCACACCUCGACCAAGGCACUGAUCGAGGGCAGCCUUGAGCGGAAGAGCCGAAACAAGCUGUCCUGGGGCUUCCAGACAGGCUACUACGUGAUCACGCCGUCCAAGUUCCUCCACGAAUUCAAGGAUAGUGACAACCUGCGCAAGGAUCCCACGCCCGAGUUGAGCAUCUACCUGCCCGAUGCCACCAUCGGCUUGCCGAACGGGGAGAAGUUCCAUGUUAAGGGCAAGGACAGGUCGAAGACGAUGAGCAGCAAGCUAACUGGCGCGUCCGAACUCUCCUUCAAGGCGCACUCGGCCUCCGAGGCAUCCAAGUGGUUCGAGGUGAUCCGCUCGGUCGCCUCGGGCCCCGUCGAGCCCAGCUCCCCGGCCGUCACGACUCCAAGCCCGGGUCUCGAAGAGGGCAAGAAGCUCGAGGUAGACACUGGGGACCACAAGGGCCAGGAGGCGGGCGUCAUCACGGGCGGGGAGACGGUCAGCAGCCCGACAGCCGUGUCACCUGCGUCGGCCGCGGCCACCAGCGCCACAGCGGCAACGGCCCCCACCGCGCCAACUACGGCUGAUGCCGUGGAGGCCCCUGUCGAAAAGCCCCCGGUAGCGGCGUAAACGGGAGAGUGGGUUUGCGUCUCUGCACACCGACUGACAGGUCAUACGAGGCUGUCGGCAUACGACGAGGCGCGCUGGUGGUGGUGAG